AUGUUUGAGUUGAUCGAGCCCACCAAGGCUUUUGAACUGAUGAACCCAUCAUCCAUUGCUGUCUGCGUGUUAUCAGGUCUCUUAUCAAUCUUGACAUGGCGCCUUUUCUUAACCCCAAUAUCCGAUAUUCCGGGUCCCAAAUGGGCAUCUCUCACACGGUUAUGGCACAUGUAUCAGAUAUGGACAGGUCGUCAGAACUUGACGAUCUUGGAACUUCACGAGAAGCAUGGCCACUUUGUUCGCAUCGCGCCAAACGAAGUCAGCACAACACACCCCGAGGUGAUCAAGAAAAUGAUACUCACCCCUCAACUCAAGGGUCACUGGUAUAAAAUGAUGAGAUUUCCGGACUGGAGAUUCCGAACAGCCUUUUCAGUGUUGGAGCCCAAAGCCAAGAUUGAGCUUUCCAAGCAACUCGCAUCGGCUUACGCCAUGAGCAAUGUCAUCAAGAAUGAAGAGCAAAUCAACGCCCUCAUUGAGCGCCUAAUGCAAUGGCUAGACAAGUUCUCAGAGGACCAUGAGCCGAUGGACCUUGCUAAAUUCUUCACCUUUACCGCCUUUGACGUUGUCGGAGAAGCCGUAUUCUCCAAGCCGUUUGGCUUUCUCGAAAAGGGCGUCGACAUUGACGACUGCAUCGCCCAGACGCUCAAGUUCCAGAGCUAUAUUACCAUUGCCGGGUUUGCCCAGUGGCUGCACAACCUGCUCGUGGGCAACCCCCUCGUCACCUGGCUCGAAAUCAUGCCGACAAACUAUCUGGCCAAGACGUCCAAUGCGGCGCUCGAGGCGCGCAGGAGCAACCAGGACGCCCGCUUUGACUUUGUGGCCCACUGGCUCAAGGCCCACGAGCAGAACCCCGAUAAGCUGUCCUAUCGCGAUCUUCAGUCUGCCGUCAUGUCAAACGUCGGUGCCGGCUCGGACACGGUUUCAUGUGCCAUACAGUCUGCCGUUUACCACAUGAUCCGGCACCCCGACGCGUGGCAGCGCGCCCGCGCCGAGAUGGACCAGGCCCGGUCGCAGGACGGCAUAUGCAACGACGGCGUCGUCUCGUACGCCGACGCGCAGCGGCUCCCUUAUCUGCAGGCGUGCGUCAAGGAGGCCCUGCGCAUCUUUUCCCCCGUCCCCAUCGGCACGCCGAGGGUGGUGCCCAGGCAGGGCGUCACCAUUGGCGGGCGCUUCUUCCCGGCCGGGACCACCGUCUCGCUGAAUACCUUUAGCAUGAACCUGUCGACCGAGGUAUGGGGCCCCGAUGCCCGUGACUUCAGGCCCGAGCGGUGGAUGGUUGAGGAUACCAGUGCGCUCGACAAGAACUUCUUACCGUUCUCGGGUGGUAUAGGAGUCUGUGUAGGACAGCACCUGGCUAGGAUUGAGAUAUUCAAGAUACUGGCCACCAUAAUCCGGGAUUACGAUAUUGCUCAGGUGAAGCUGGAGCAAGAGUGGAAAUAUCGUGCAUAUUUAUCGGUAGUGCCUCGCGAUUGGCCCGUGUAUAUCGCAAAAAGAUCUGCUGCUUGA